AGCUAAUCUCUCAUCCACAAGAACAAGCUUUAGAGCUCAACUUAUUCACUCGUCUAGAUAAAUAUUUUCGAAGUUUUAGAAGAGCUAAACUUGAUCCAAAUUCUAUUCUAAGCUCAUACAUGGCCACGUUUAGCAACAUGGUUGUUACGAUCUCCGUCAUUUCACUACUACUGCAGCUUGCAUGCCUUGCCAAUGCGCAGCUCUCGCCCGAUUUCUACGCCACAACUUGCCCUAACCUCAGAAGCAUCGUGCGUGUCGCGAUGAGGCAAGCGGUUGAUCGAGAGCUCCGGAUUGGCGCCUCUAUCCUCCGCUUGUUCUUCCAUGAUUGCUUUGUGAAUGGCUGUGAUGCGUCGAUACUGCUGGAUGACACACCGACCUUUACAGGCGAAAAGAAUGCAUUGCCAAACCGAAACUCAGUGAGAGGGUUCGAAGUCAUCGACACCAUUAAAACCCGCGUGGAAGGUGCUUGUGGUAGCACGGUGUCUUGUGCUGAUAUUCUUGCCAUUGCAGCGAGAGAUGGAGUUGUCUUGCUAGGAGGGCCCACAUGGGAAGUUCCUCUCGGCCGGAGAGACGCAACGACCGCCAGCCAAGCCGCCGCGAACACGCAAAUCCCCUCCCCGUUCGCCAACCUCUCCGCCCUCGUCUCCGGCUUCGCUGCCAAAGGCCUGACCGCUCGCGAAAUGACCGCGCUCUCGGGCGGCCACACCAUCGGCUUCGCCCGCUGCGCCACCUUCCGCGCCCGCAUCUACAACGACACCAACAUCAACCCCGACUUCGCCGCCCGCCGGAGAGCCGCCUGCCCCGCCUUCGCCGGCGGUUCCGGAGACGCCAGCCUGGCCCCUCUCGACAUACAGACCCCGAACCGGUUCGGGAACGACUACUACGUGAACUUGGUGAACCGGAGGGGGCUGCUUCACUCGGACCAGGAGUUGUUCAACGGUGGGUCGCCGGAUGCGCUGGUUCGGGCUUACGGCGGGAAUGGGGAUGCCUUUUAUAGGGAUUUUGCCGAUGCGAUGGUGAAAAUGGGGAAUAUUAGUCCUCUAACUGGGAUUAAUGGGCAGAUUAGGAGGAAUUGCAGGGUGGUUAAUUAAUUAAUCAACGUAUUUCUAGGGAGAUUCUGUAUGGGAUUCAUGUUUCAAGUGCUCCUAAACCAAACCAAAACCGAGAUUUAAGUCUCGGGUUUGGCUACAUGAAAUUUUUCUUUUUUUCUUUUUUCUGUCAAAUGUCAGAUGCAUCGU